AUGUCCAUGAACAGCAACAACGAAGCGGAGGACCUGGUCGAAUGCCACGAGAGCGGCAAUGAUGGUGGCAGCACUUCGCGAGACAACGGCACCGGAUCGUCCAUAGCGCAUCAGAUUGUCCGAGAUCAUGCCGAAAAACGACGUCUCGAGGCAGCAGCAGAAUAUGCACGUCGUCAUGCUCAUGCCGUGGGAGCGCAUGCCGUAGAUUCUGCAGAGCAUUCACAUCUUGGAGAGAGCAAGGCGAAGCGCGAAGCACGAGCAAGUCGUCGUGCUGACCCACCAGGAGCCAUGGCCCAAGACGUGACCACACGAUUUCAAGAAAAACAAAACAAGAGAACCGCCACUACCUGCACUGCUUUGGCCAGUGUUGCCAAGGUAGUUGCAAUGUCCUUGCCGCCGGUAGAAGCCGUCGCGGAAACUUCUUUUGGCCAAACCCGGUUUCAAGAAAAGCAGAGAAAGAGAAUAGCUUACAGUGCUGCCGCUGGCACCGGCGCACCGGGAACUGUGGCGGCGAAAUCCUUCCGCGGGCUUGACACGAUUUCAAGUGAAACAAAGGAAACGAGUUUCCCGUACUACCGUGGUGGAGAAUGCGUCCAUGACACGAUUUCAAGGGAAACAGGGAAACCAGUUUACAAUACGACGACGACAGCCGCUACUGCAGCUGUUUUGUCAAGAGUGAUCAGAGCUGAAACAAGAACGGCUACUGCAGAAGAAAUAGACGAAGACAGCCCUCCAAGCAGUCAACAGGAGGCACUCAUCCCUCGAGCAGUAGCAGAAAGACGAAGGUGA